CACGCGAGAUGGUAAACCUCACAGCUCACUUCAGCAUCCUCAUCUCGGUUCUUCAACUCACCAUCGUCAUCAUGCUGCCACUUAUUCUUGCGACUUUUGCCGGCCUGGCUGCGGCCCAAUCUACGCCGUGGCCCAAGUUCGGCAACUGGACGGAAGCCGUCAACGGCUAUGACUACAUCCUCUCAGGGCCCGCAACCCUGGGCAAGAAGACCGAUUUUGAACUGGAACGCUGCCAGUAUGUCUGGAAGGACCUCAACAAACGCACGAACGCGACCGAUAACUACUUACCGGCACCGUACCCGGCUGAGCGCUGCAUGGACCUGCUCUAUGAGCGCAAGUCCGCCAUCGGCGACGGGGGCUUUCUCGACAUCUUCGCCAAGGACAUAGAGGAGGCCAAGCGGUUCUGGUACGACGUCAACGACAACUCGACGCUCGACGACCCGGCCACAUGGAAGGCCGUCGAAUGCCGCGCCCUCGUCCACCUCCCCAACGUCACAGCCUGGGCCUUCUCGGCGUGGUCCGCCUCGCCCUUCGCCGAUGCCGCCAACAACCGCGCAAACGCGGAGCACUACUUCAAGCACUCGGACCACACCGGCACUCUAGGCAUGUCGCACAUCCUCGAGGGCUGGGGCGGCAUCAUCACGAACUUCACCAUCCCCAACUACAGCCCCCAGACCUGCGCCCAGCGGCCUAUGGUCCGCCCGCUGCCCGAGUUCGCCAUCAAGGCCUGCGGCGACAAGAAUCUGGUCGACGAGCAAAGUACGACCUUUGGUGUCCUCAACAUUGCUGCCCGGGAUGUCCUCGGGUGCGACGGCAAGAAGAAUGUCGACAUCUACGCGUCGAUUUGGUACGGGAGCGGCAUCUCGGAGGAGCAUCUCGAGGCGGAGCGCCAGCACGUCAUCAUCGAGAUUAUCAACAUGAGCCAAAAGGCCCAGGAGGACAUUGAGAGCGGCAGAUUUGCGGUUCCUACGCCCCCGACCUCUUGAGGUCCCUGGACAAGGAACAUUCUUCUUUGACAGUAAUACUACAUUCAGCCAACCUAACAUAUGGUUAUGGUUGUUUUAUUCUCAUGUUUGAAAACUAUUUUUCACACCUGUAUUGGACUUUAUUCUCAGGCAACUAUUCUGAACAUGCCAGUACCAAUCAAUUGUAGAACAGUCGCGCAAUACUCGUUCAUGUUAGCCGACAACCGCAGCUUCAUACGCGGUAUUAUUCAGCUCCGGUGCUACAACAGUAACC